AUGACUCCGGCCGGCAUUAGCAGCGAAAAUCGAUCGUCCCCAGAAAUUCCUGCCAGCUUCCCUUUAUCGAGAGAUCCUCCCCGAACUACUCUACCGAUCGGGUCGAACGAAAUAGCACCAAGGCGGAAGAAGGCUGUCAAUCAGCAGUACCUCACACCACAAGAAGAGAAGGCGCUAGUCGCCUAUAUCUUACAAUGUGCAGACAACGGCUUCCCCUUACCGGUGAAAGCCUUGCGAAGAUUGGCCCUCGUGAUUCGGCAGCGUCGCGACUCUACACGCUCGACACAGACUCGGGGUAGCAGAGUGCAACCUCCCGACAAGAACUAUCCCCAAGCACUGUACUCACGUCAUCCGGAACUGCGGGCCCGAAGGCUCAAAGCCAUUGACUGGACGAGAGCUAACGAGAAUAUACAUGACAAGAAUGUCUAUAACAUGGAUGAGGCAGGCGUGCUCCUCGGUUAUACCACGACAGUCAAAAUGUUGGUGCACAGCAAAGACACGCGACGCCACCGAGGCACAGGGGUGAAACGAGUUCUUAUCACCUCUAUCGAAUGCGUCUCUGCGGCCGGCAUCGCUCUCCCGCCUCUGAUCAUCUGGCCCGCGUCAACCCACCUCUAUCCUGGAUCAAAGACGUGUUUGAUCCGCAAACCCGUGCCCGCGCCGCCACUCGAUAUCGGCGUCUUUGGCCCACUUAAGUCGGCAUAUCGGGAACAAGUCGAGCAAUUGUACCGUGGCGGCGCUGGCAUAGUCGGCAAGCAGCAUUUUACAUUUUUAUAUAGCCGAGCACGACAGACCGCUUUGACUGAGUCUAACAUUAUUUCAGCGUGGAGUAAGGUCGGUCUCUUUCCUUUCGACCCAACCCGCGUCCUUGCCACUAUCUCCGGAUCUCAAACGGAUAAAAACGCACCACAGAUCGCAGCUACACAAACUCACUUGUUUUCCCCUGAUAAAAUACAAGCCACACCCGUGACAUCCGAGGAUUUUGCGGCACUGCGGCGCCUGAUUGAAGGUGAGUCCCAGCAAGUGAGCGAGCUAAGCCAGCACAGACUACAGGAAGCCUUCAACGCCGCCGAGCGGGCAUUGACCGAGAGCAGUCUGUUACGAGAUCGCAGUCAGGAACUGUUCCUACAGAACUGCGAGAAGAAAUUGCGCCAGUCCACCAGAUCGACAGUGAUAGGGACUGCCCGAGUCAUGAGCUACCGAGACAUCGUCGUCAAACGGUCGACGCAGGAGACGAUCAAGACAACAGAACCUAGAUCAGACGCCGGGCGUCAAGGUCCAAGCGUGAGCAGACAUCCCUCAACAGUUUCCAGCAAGGCUCCAAGAAAGCGUGGACGGCAGGGAGAGUUAGAGCAGGCUAUCCAGGAGAUUGAUAGGUCGGAAAUAGGCAACUACUGCCACGUCUUCGAAUUGUAA